AUGACUCCUCUGGACAUCUUUCGCACCGUCUUCCGGUUCUUAUUCCAGUACUUUCGCUGGCCGUUCCGCCGGCGUAUAACGGCCGAGAAGCGCGAAAGAGAACUGGCAGACGAGUACGAGCUGCGCAUUCGCCGUACCUCGACAGAGCUCUCCGGCCAGAUCGGCGAGCUCCAGCGUCAGCUUCGACAGGAGCAGGACAACCAUGCUGCAGCUGUCCGUUCUUUGCAGCGGUCUUUGCAGGAGCAACAGGCACGCUCCGAUACCCAGAUCAAGCAGCUCGAACGGGAGCGCACUCAGUUGCAGCUCGAAGGGCGGGCGCUCACUCGUCAACUGGACGAGAAGACAAAGCACCUAGAGCAACUCGGGAAGGAGUCCUCUGAAGCUCAAAGGUGGAUGAGCAUACGUGACGCGUGCACGGAUGCACAGGUCGUUGCAGAUGUCGAGGGCGUCAACUGGGAGGUGCAGAACAUUGCAACACCGCUCGCCGACGCGUUGGCGGCGUGCAUACCCGAGAACACCGCUUUCGUCGUGACGCCAGAAACAUCUACGCAUGUGCCAUUCAGCGAGCAGGCUCUUACUACGCUCGGCAGCAUAGACAUGGAUCCCGGCGCUAGGGAGGUCCUCCUGGGUAUCGCUGUUCAGUCCGCCCUCGUAUCCUUCUGUCGGGAAGCCGCCUUACAAUGGGAUCACGGGUUCCUCAGCCAGUCACCCGAAGCGCGUUCGUGGUUUGGCGCCGUGUACGACUCGGUCUACCAAUCUGAACCCGCCGCGAUCUCCGGCAACUGGAAAGCGCUCGCACAUCGCCAUGCUGGGCUCAUCGCAACCACUACUCACGGGACAGUCAAGGAUCAGCUCAUGCGCGCCUUGAUCUCAGCGAUCCUUCCUAUCGCUUCUGCAUGUGGGCUCGACUCUGAGCGUACUUACGAGGUCAUCCAGACCUCAGUCACCAUGGACACCCUCGCCGGCUUGGCCAUCGCCGUUCAAACGCUCAACGAGCAUAUCAAGGAGUCCGUCAUAUCAAGCUCCCUAGUCCCAGUCGUGGUCACUCCAGGCACCUUCUUCAACGGAAACGAGAUGCGCGUCGGCCUCGGUGGCGACGAGACUGGGGAUGCCAUUGUUAUGAGCACUACCGGGCUUGGGCUCGAACGGUACGAGCGGAAGGAGGAUGGGUCUAUCGAGAAGACGAUGCUCUUACAGCCGGAGGUUGCUUUGAAUGCGGUACUUGAUCAACUGUAG